AUGUCUGAUUCUGAAUAUGAAUACGAGUAUGACGACAAUGAAACAGAGACAUUCUUCGUCAAUAUCGACCUGAGCUCAUACAAUGGCCCCAUACGUCAUCCUCGUCGCAGACAAUCCGCACCAGAUUCGACAGAAGCACCGUCGCCCUCGUCGCAACAGCAGCAGCCAGCCAUGUCUCCCGAUAUCCCCGACCAGCGACAACCACAACAACAACCCUCGCAAACCGAAGAUCCCGCCAGUAAUACCGAUGAUAUUGAGAACAGAGUACAAAUCAUGGAACUCCACGGAAAUAACCCAUUGGUCUCGUACGGAAACCAAAUCUUUAGCUGCGAGUGGGCAGAUAUGAUCGGCACAGACAUGCACUUUACGCGGCGCGAGACUGAUGAUCAGAACCUUGAGGACAAUAGUAGUCGUGGCAUUGCGGAUCCGAGUUUUCUCAAGCAUGGCCCGAAUUACUCUCUUAUCGCGGCGAACCGUGUCAAAAUUAUUGGACGCAAGGUCCAUCUCAUCUCGGCGAAUCCAGAUCAGCAGGGAAAUGUAUCAUCGUCAACGGCGGCAGCAGCAGCAACCGAGACAGAAACCCAACAACAAGAACAACAGGCAGAAACAGGAGCUAUAACCGGAAAAACACCGCAGAUGCGCUUCUUACAAGAACUCAUGGACAUCAAACGCGCCAGGGGAGAAAAAGACAUGGUGCUCAGCAAGAAACGCGGGCGCCGGUUCGACGACAAAGUCACGCGGUGGGCGCAGACGGAAGAGCGGUUGAAUAUGAUUCAUCAGUUGAAUCGAGACGCGAUUACUGGUGAUGUCAAUGCAGUUAAGAAAUUGGAGGAGCUGUAUGAUAUGAUUGAUCGUGCUGCCGACAAUAGUCUGACAGCAGCUGCGCCUUCAGCGAGUCCUACUCCUCCGCAGGCUGGGGUGGGAAAUGAGUCGUCUGGAUGA